UCUGACACACAGGAUGUGACCGGGCGGCGGUGAAACUGCGAUCACUCCGCGCAUCGACAGCUUACAUUCCACACAACAUCCGAGAAGACCAGCCAAGCUAGUCCCGGGGAUCCACCUCAACUAUACCCGGGUCUCUGCAUUGAACCCGCCGUGUGGUGGCACCAAGCGAGCACCGUGGAAGAACUAUAGUGCAAAGUUAUCGCGGAGAGAAAGGGAAACUGAGGGCGAGUGCUUGUUGGCGGACGGGAUGGAGCUCAUUACGAUUCUUGAGAAAACGGUCUCUCCAGAUCGGAAUGAACUGGAGGCGGCGCAGAAGUUUCUGGAGCAGGCGGCCAUCGAGAACCUGCCCACGUUCCUGGUGGAGCUGUCCAAGGUGCUGGCCAAUCCAGGGAACACUCAGGUGGCUCGAGUUGCAGCUGGUCUCCAGGUCAAGAACUCACUGACAUCUAAAGACCCAGAUGUGAAGACCCAGUACCAGCAGCGAUGGCUGGCCAUCGACACCAACGCCCGCCGUGAGAUCAAGAACUACGUUUUGCAGACUCUGGGUACCGAGACCUACCGGCCCAGUUCUGCGUCGCAGUGUGUUGCAGGGAUAGCUUGCGCUGAGAUUCCCGUUAACCAGUGGCCCCAGCUGAUCCCACAGCUGGUGGCCAAUGUGACCGACCCAUCCAGCACCGAGCACAUGAAGGAGUCCACGCUGGAGGCCAUUGGAUACAUCUGCCAGGACAUAGACCCAGAGCAGCUGCAGGAGAACGCCAACCAGAUCCUGACAGCCAUCAUCCAGGGCAUGAGGAAGGAGGAGCCCAGCAACAACGUCAAGCUGGCUGCCACCAACGCCUUGCUCAACUCUCUGGAGUUCACCAGAGCCAACUUUGAUAAGGAGACGGAGAGACACUUCAUCAUGCAGGUGGUUUGUGAGGCCACCCAGUGUCCAGACACGAGGGUGCGAGUUGCGGCGCUGCAGAACUUGGUGAAGAUCAUGUCUCUCUACUACCAGUACAUGGAAACCUACAUGGGCCCUGCUCUCUUUGCUAUCACCAUUGAAGCGAUGAAGAGCGACAUCGAUGAGGUUGCGCUGCAGGGUAUUGAGUUCUGGUCCAACGUUUGUGACGAGGAAAUGGACUUGGCCAUCGAAGCUUCAGAGGCCUCGGAGCAGGGCCGCCCACCGGAACACACCAGUAAGUUCUAUGCCAAAGGAGCGCUGCAGUACCUGGUCCCGAUCCUGAACCAGACCCUCAUUAAGCAGGACGAGAAUGACGAUGACGACGACUGGAACCCGUGCAAGGCAGCGGGUGUGUGUCUGAUGCUCCUGUCCACCUGCUGCGAGGACGACGUGGUUCCUCAUGUGCUGCCCUUCAUCAAGGAUAACAUCAAACACCACGACUGGCGGAACAGAGACGCAUCCGUCAUGGCCUUUGGCUCCAUCCUGGAGGGGCCGGAGCUCAACCAGCUGAAACCGCUGGUGGUCCACGCCAUGCCCACGCUGAUCGAGCUGAUGAAGGACCCGAGCGUGGUGGUCAGAGACACAACUGCCUGGACCGUGGGUCGGAUUUGUGAGCUGCUCCCUGAGGCUGCCAUCAUCGAGAUCUAUCUGUCUCCACUGCUGCAGUGCCUGAUCGAGGGCCUCGGCGCUGAGCCCAGAGUGGCCGCCAACGUCUGCUGGGCUUUGAGCUCCCUGGCGCAGGCUGCGUACGAAGCCACGGACACGGCCGAGGACCAAGAGGGGCCGGCCACCUACUGCCUGUCGUCCUCCUUCGAGAUCAUCGUCCAGAAACUGCUGGAGACGACAGACAGACCAGACGGACACCAGAACAACCUGCGCUCUGCAGCCUACGAGGCUCUGAUGGAGAUCGUGAAGAACAGCGCCAAAGACUGUUACCCUGCAGUGCAGAAGACGACCCUGGUCGUCAUGGAGCGCCUGCAGCAAGUCCUGCAGAUGGAGUCGCACAUCCAGAGCACGUCGGAUCGGAUCCAGUUCAACGACCUGCAGUCGAUGCUCUGCGCCACCCUGCAGAACGUUCUGCGGAAGGUCCAGCACCAGGACGCGCUGCAGAUCUCUGACGUUGUCAUGGGCUCCCUCCUCAGGAUGUUCCAGAGCACUGCAGGCUCAGGCGGCGUGCAGGAGGACGCUCUGAUGGCGGUGUCCACACUGGUGGAGGUCCUAGGAGCAGACUUCCAAAAGUACAUGGAUGCCUUCAAGCCUUUCCUCGCCAUUGGACUGAAGAACUACGCCGAGUACCAGGUGUGUCUGGCUGCCGUGGGCCUGGUGUGUGACCUGUGCCGUGCGCUGAACACCAGCAUGAUUCCAUACUGCGACGAGAUCAUGCAGCUGCUCCUGGAGAACCUGGGGAACGAGAAUGUCCACCGCUCAGUGAAGCCUCAGAUCCUCUCUGCCUUCGGGGACAUCGCCCUGGCCAUCGGAGGGGAGUUUAAGAAAUACGUGGAGAUUGUUCUGGACACACUGCAGCAGGCGUCCCAGGCCCAGGUGGACAAGACGGACUACGACAUGGUGGACUACCUGAACGAGCUGCGAGAGAGUUGCCUGGAAGCGUACACGGGCAUCAUCCAGGGCUUAAAGGGAGACCAGGAGAACGUGCACCCGGACGUCAUGCUGGUGCAGCCGCGGGUGGAGUUCAUCCUGUCCUUCAUCCAUCACAUCGCUGAAGACGAGGACCACUCAGACGGUGUGGUGGGCAGCGCUGCUGGACUUAUCGGCGACCUCUGCGCGGCCUUCGGGAAGGACGUGAUGAAGCUGGUGGAAGUCCGUCCGCAGAUCAACGACCUGCUGACUGAAGGCCGGCGGUCCAAGACCAGCAAGACGAAGACCCUGGCCAACUGGGCCACUAAACAGCUCCGGAAACUCAAGAGCCAGGCCUGAUGCUGCUCAGAGGACGGACGUCUGAAACUCGAGGACAAACUGGACAAAGUCUCUGGCGGCGACUCGCUGUUGAACCGACUGUGUGACAUGAGUGUGCGUGUGAGAUGAUGGCAUCACCACCUUCAGUCCCGGCAGCCCCCCACCCAACCUACCCCACCCGACAACCUGUGGACUGACCUGACUCCCCCCUCCUUUUGGCCCCGCCCACCACCCGCCGGGUCUGACAUCAAAGACGAUGACACUGGUGAUGUCUCUGAACGCCGCCUCUGGGCGGCCAACGGGAGGAGGGGCUUCACGACCCGAACAUAGACUUUGAGGACUCGAGCGAGAACUUUGGAUUUUUGUUGCUCUUCUUUUUCUUCCUCCUCCUCCGACCGUUCUGUUGCGGAGCUCUGACAGGCGGUUCGGUUUGUCCGCACUCACCAACGACAGCACUAGAUUCCUUCACAAUAAACGCACCGCCGGACCCGGAGGACGCCUCAGAGGAGCAAGUGCCAAACGGACCGUGUGCCGGUGCGGCAGGCGCUGCGACUGACACGGUCCGGGUCGAUGCGGUUCUGUCAAAGAAUUCAGAGAAUUGAAGACGUUUGUAAAAGGUUCUAUUUUUCCAUUUGAUGAUGAAAAUAAAGUGAAAAAAUAAUGAAACAGUCGAGAAGUUCUGGUCACUCCCGUUUUGGACCUCACGUGAGCCGGCUCUGUUGGGACUACACGCUCGGGCUCCCCUGGCCCAAGCUGGAGGUGCUCGACUGCUCAUCGUCGAACCAAAGUGAAUAACUGUUGGAAACAAUCAGAAAUGUUGAACUGUUUAUUCAGACUUCAUUCCAAUAAAAGAAUUGAGUUCUGUU